GUUGCACGCCUCCGGGGGGCUUCUGGGUAAUGUCGUUUAUUACAGCGCGCGCUAGGGAAGCAUUUGAUUCAAGAAUGGCGGACUCCACUGUUUACAUGCCAGGGAUUGUUCUCUCCUCGGUGAUGUUUCAACAUCUAAACACAGACUCGGAUGCAGAGGGAUUCAUUCUUGGAGAAAGCAAAGAAGAAGAGAAGAGAGCCAUCACUGAUUCUACCAACGAUCAUGUUUAUUUUGAGCACACAAUUCAUGUUCAAAAACACUUGCCAUGCAACAGACUGAAUAAAUUUUACAAUGGCACAGGGGAGGUGGAUAUGGUUACAUUAAGGAAGAUGAUGCCAGACAAUAGGCAGGAUCAUUUAAUUGGCUGGUACAGACAGCGCAGGAACACCGAGCAGAGAAUGACCUUGCGGGAAAGGCUGGUGCAUGAAAACCUGAAGAACGCCGUGGCCAAUCCCGAUCUGAUCUUUCUCCUGCUGACGCCAAGCGAGGUCACGUCCGCCUGCUCCACCCAUGAAACCGAAUUCGCCACCUUCAGGUCACUCAACAGACGCUUCCAUAAGGUUCCUGUGGUCGUCAGUAACCUGGGUUCCCUGGAGGACGUGGUGUAUCGGACGUCCUACGCACCCUGUUCGUCCGCCGGUUACCACCGCGUUGUGCAGAAACACAAAUCCAAAUUCUUCUCUCCGGACGACACACAAAGAGAGGUGAUGGAGAUUAACAAAAUGAACAGCUCGAUGCAGGCCGAACUGCAGAAGGAAUGCAAGAAGGUAGAGAAGAGCGAACAGGAGGUCCAGACGUUGCUGGCCCAAUUGACUGCUCUCAGGAAACUCAUCUCCAAGAAGAAGUCCCUUAUCCCAGAAAAAGAUGUCCUCAGGCCUUCGAUCAGAGAGAACUUGCUGCUGGAAAAUUCCCUGAAGAGCCUCUUCCCUCACUCUCCUCUGUUCCAGACACAGACUUUAACCCUUCACGGCGUCCCCGUGGCAGAGAGCCUCCCGCCCCGUCUAACGACCCCUUGCCCACACGUUGACCCUGAGCCGUAGCAGGACAUGACAGCAGUCCACUCAGAUGCCCCUUGCAUGGGACCUUGAUUAGCCAAUACAAAAGGCGCAUUAACAACGCAUUGAACAACUUUUCAAAGAGAUCGUACAAAUGUUAUUUCAUGAAUUCAAAUACAUUUAUUGAUCAACAAAAUAAUCGAUAAGCAAAGGGCAUACAUAACAAUUCAUUCAGAGCUUUUACUUUAAUAAAGAAAUAAUAAA